AUGGUAUCGCCGGGGUACACCGAGGCGGAAAGUGACCUAGAAUUGGUGAGCUGGGAGCCGGCGCCACGGAGAGAACGCAGACGCGAGGAGCCCCACCCCAAGCGCGAGGAGCCCCGGACCAGCAGUAGCAAGGAGCCCCGCACCAGCAAGCGCGAGGGGCCCCGCACCAGCAAGCGCGAGGAGCCCCACACCGGCAAGCGCGAGGAGAACCGGACCAGCAGACGCGAGGAGUCCCGCACCGGCAAGCGCGAGGAGCCCCGGACCAGCAGGCACGAAGAGCCCCGCACCGACAAGCGCGAGAAGCCCCACCCCAGUAAGCGCGAGGAGCGGCCUGGGGGAGGAAGGAGGGGGCGCACGGAGACGCGGAAGGAGGAGCCCAGUGAGCGGGCCUCGAAGCGGGCGUCCACGCGUUCGACGCGUACGGCCAAGGAAGAGGAGUCGUCGGCACGCACAAGGGGGAGGUCGACGGCGCGGCGAGGGGAUUAG